CCACUGAAGCCAAGGCACGUGAAACUGCAGCCCACCAAAAUGGGCCUGAAAGUCACAUGGGACCCACCCAAAGAUGCCUCCAGUAGACCUGUGGAGCAUUACAACAUUGCCUAUGGGAAGUCACUGAAAAGUCUUAAAUACAUCAAGGUGAAUGCGGAGACAUACUCCUUCCUUAUUGAGGAUGUGGAGCCGGGGGUAGUGUACUUUGUGCUGGUUACUGCAGAAAACCACAAUGGAGUCAGCCGUCCAGUGUACAGAGCUGAAAGCCUACCUGGAGGUGAAUGGAUCAAGAUUGAUGGUUUUCCCAUCAAGGGUCCAGGACCAUUUAAUGAAACCGUCACAGAAAAGGAAGUGCCCAACAAGCCCUUGCGUGUGCGUGUCCGGUCCUCAGACGACAGGCUGUCCGUUGCGUGGAAGGCGCCACGGCUGUCUGGAGCCAAGAGUCCACGCAGAUCUCGGGGUUUUCUCCUGGGCUAUGGAGAAAGCGGCCGGAAGAUGAAUUAUGUUCCACUGACGAGAGACGAGCGGACACAUGAAAUUAAAAAGCUAGCCUCGGAGUCCGUGUACGUGGUCUCCCUGCAGUCCAUGAACACCCAGGGGCAGAGCCAGCCGGUCUACAGGGCUGCCCUGACAAAACGGAAGAUUUCAGAAGAGGAUGAACUGGAUGUGCCCAAAGACAUCAGUGUCCGGGUUAUGUCAUCCCAAUCUGUGCUUGUGACCUGGGUGGAUCCCGUUUUGGAAAAACAGAAGAAAGUUGUUGCAUCGAGACAGUACACCGUGCGCCAUCGAGAAAAGGGGGAAUCCGCCAGGUGGGAUUACAAGCAAGUCACCAACAGACGUGUGUUGAUUGAGAACCUGAUUCCAGAUACUGUGUAUGAAUUUGCAGUCCGUAUUUCUCAGGGGGAAAGAGAUGGCAAGUGGAGUCCAUCAGUCUUCCAAAGAACACCAGAAUCUGCUCCUACCACAGCUCCUGAAAACUUGAACGUCUGGCCAGUCAAUGGGAAACCUUCAGUGGUCACUGUAUCUUGGGACGCACUGCCAGAGACGGAGGGCAAGGUGAAAGAAUACAUUCUUUCCUACGCCCCGGCUCUCAAACCAUUUGGAGCGAAGUCCCUCACCUAUCCUGGAGACACUACUUCUGCCCUGGUGGAUGGUCUGCAGCCUGGAGAACGCUAUCUUUUCAAAAUCCGGGCCUCAAACCGGAGAGGGCUGGGCCCUCACUCCAAAGCCUUCGUUGUCGCUCUGCCAACAACCAGGCGCAGUGAGUCCAAUGUUCAGCAGAACACAGAUGGUCACUGGAAACCUCAAAAACCUGAGCCUCCCUCAGCUCCUCCCAAAGAUUCAGCUUCCUCAAGACACUCUGCUCCUCCUCAAGAUAGAAACGUCAAGGACCCCCUUUUUGACUUGAAGAACAAAAUAUUGGCUAAGGGUGGGGUGUCCAGAAAACUGCCACCUCGCCACAAGAAGACUGAAGAGUUGGAUGUUCAGUCAAUAGAAGUCACCAAUGCCGAGGAGCCCGAUUCCCUGGAGGACCCACUGGCCUUGCCUUCAGGGACCCAAGGCCAGAGGCGACCCCUGAGGCCCCCAAGUAGGUACGGACUCUCAGUGGUUGCUCCAGGCAGGACUCCAGUGCUGCCCCAGAGGCAAGGUGAAGAUGAACCAGGUUCCUCCUUGGUGGCUCACCCUCGCUCAGGGACAGCCCCCUCAGCAGCGGCCUCUUCUGCCCACCACACAGCCACCCACCACGCAGCCACCUCUCACCGUCCUUCUGGGGGCCUCUCUGCCAAUCUGCCGGCUAGCUCUGCAGACAACGACUCAGUGGAUCCAGACGAGGAUGAGCGAGCUGCAGGCUCCCUCCAUCCCAAGGACAUCUCUGCCCAGCAGCCGCCCCCUAAGAGCCGCACCCAGACCCAGCCAGCCCUGUCUCCCAGCCGCCAGUCAGCCUCCAGCAUCCUGCGGGACAGAAGUGCCAUGCAGCAUGGGACAAAACCAGCAUUACCGGCACGGAGGACACCCCAUUCUGGGACCAUGGAGGAAGAUUUGAGUGUUUCAGCCCCAGCAUCAAGACUUUCUCCACCCUAUCGGGGGUCAUCUCGGCUGCUGCCCACCCAACCGCACCCAGGCUCUCUGCCCUCCAGGGGUUGGAAGGAUGGUCAUGAAGCCCUAGCUUCCAACAUCAACGCACCAUCACAGUCCACUAUGUCUUCCUCCAAGACACAGGUCUCUGAGGGAGCAGAUACUUUUGAUGGGCAGGAUGACAGUGACAAUGAGGCAGAAGACAGCAGGAGGCCGGCAGAGGCCACUGCACAGACUCUGCGGACCCGGCCUGCCUCUGGACACUUGAGUUUGCUCAGACACAGGCCCUUUGCUGCCAAUGGCAGGUUUCCAAACAGGUUUGGCGGUGGCCGGGGACCCCGGCUCCAGCCUUCCAGCUCCCCCCAGUCCACUGUGCCCUCUCGAGCCCACUCUAGGGGUCAUUCUCACCCAGCAUCCCUCCCCAGGACUGGCUCAGGUACCCACGGAGAUGAGGAGGACGAGAAGCCACUUUCUGCGACGGUGGUCAAUGACCACAUGCCUUCCUCCUCCAGGCAGCACACAUCCCGGGGAUGGGACCCCCUAAAAAGAAGCCCCCAGAGAGGGGCCAGCCUACUCCAGAAGGAGCCCAUCCCAGAAAAUCCCAAAACUGCAGAGACAGGUGCACAUUCUCAGGGCAAAUCCUCUUCUUUGUCCUCUAAGGAGCAGGACCUUCAACAGAGCACAGAUGUGGACAUGGAGGACCUCAACCCCCCAAAGCAGCCAGUGUCUACAGGGCGCCAGCUGUCCCCUGCUCGUCCUCCCACAGCACGGUCACAGCACUACCCUAGGCCCAGUGUUCCCAGAAGGAUAACACCAGGCCGGGCCCCCGAAAGUCAGCACCCCUCAUGGGUCUCCACAUCCCAGCACUAUCCCUCGGGCUCCCAGAGCAAGGAUGCGGGGCGGUCACUUUCCCAGCCCAAACUUGCACUUGCUCAGGCUGGCCGUCCCCGCCCCACGUCGCAGGGCAGUGCCCACGCCCUCUCUGACCCGCACAGGGCGAGCUCCCGAGGGGUGCUGCAUGCGGCGCGACAGAGCCAGGACGAGGAUUCCCAGAGCAGCGAGGACGACAACAGUACAGGACUGGGGGCCCCUGCCCGUGCCAAAGAUGCCACCCUGCUCCUGCCCAAGCAUCGUCAGGUGUUGUCGCCGGCGGGGAGCCCCGACCACAGACCCCAGCGUGGACACGCAGGCUCCUCGCCAAGGCCCGGCUGGCCCCAGCCCCGCGCCCGAGUCCCCAGCAGGGCCACACCCAGGGAGACAGAGCCUCCUUCCAAGCGGCCCCUCCCGUCCAAAUCCCAGCAAUCAGUCUCGGCUGAGGACGACCACGAGGAGGACGAGGAGGGAUUCCUGAAAGCAGGAAAAGAAGACCCUCUGUCUUCCCCUGUGGCCAAGUGGCCCUCCUCCUCCACCCCCAGGGGCAGCAAAUACGCCGACGGCAGCACCGCCAAGGACAAGCGGGAGCCUGGCACUGUGCCGGCUCCCCGCGGAGGGAGCCCGGUGCAGGAGAGCGACGCUCUGGGGAAGCGACCCGCAGGCAGCCCCCCGAGGGCCUCCGCCCUCCUCCCCCGGCCGCCGCCCCGCAGCCCUGCCACCGCGGGUCCUGUCACGGCCACGCCCUCGUGGCCACGCCCCGCCGCUCGCGCCCCCCCCAGCUCCUCCCCGACCCCCAUGCUGUCCCUGCGCCAGCGCAUGAUGCACUCGAGGUUCCGGAACCCCCUCUCGCGUGCGCCCGGGAGGCCCCCUCACAGACAAGGUUAUAAUGGGGGACCAAACGUAGACGGGAAAAGCCUUCCUGGUGGUAAUGGAAAACCAAGUGGACAGAGAAUUAUCAAUGGCCCUCAAGGGACAAAGUGGGUUGUGGACCUUGAUCGUGGGUUAGUAUUGAAUGCAGAAGGAAGGUACCUCCAAGAUUCACAUGGAAAUCCUCUUCGGGUUAAACUAGGAGGAGAUGGUCGAACCAUUGUGGAUCUGGGAGGGACCCCUGUGGUGAGUCCAGACGGCCUCCCCCUCUUUGGGCAGGGGAGACACGGCACACCCCUGGCCAGUGCCCAAGAUAAGCCAAUUUUGAGCCUUGGAGGGAAGCCCCUAGUGGGCUUGGAGGUCAUUAAAACAACCACCCAUCCCCCCACCACAACCACACGGCCUACCACCACCACCACCACGACGACGACCACGACGACCACGACGCCCCUGCCCACCACUACGACCCCACGGCCCACGACUGCCACCACUCGCCGCAUGACCACAACCCGCCGCACAGCGACCAUGCGCCCAAAGGUGAACCGAACCACCAUGCGGACAACGACCACCACCACCCCUGAACCCACCACCCCCAUCCCUACGUGUCCCCCUGGGACCCUGGAGAAGCACGAUGAUGAUGGCAACCUGAUAAUGGGCUCUGACGGGAUCCCAGAGUGCUCCCCUGAAGAAGAUGAAUUCUCAGGCUUGGAGACUGACACGGCGACACCCACGGAAGAGGCGUACGUGGUAUAUGAUGAAGAUUAUGAAUUUGAGACCUCGAGGCCCCCAGCCACCACGAAGCCUUCGACCACUGCUGUCACACCAAAGGUCAUCCCAGAAGAGGGCACCAUCAGUUCCUUUCCUGAAGAAGAAUUUGAUCUGGCUGGAAAGAAACGAUUUAUUGCUCCUUAUGUGACGUACCUAAAUAAAGACCCAUCAGCCCCGUGCUCUCUGACCGAUGCUCUGGAUCACUUCCAAGUGGACAGCCUGGAUGAAAUCAUCCCAAAUGACCUGAGGAAGAGUGACCUGCCUCCUCAAAAUGCUCCCCGCAACAUCACUGUGGUCGCUGUGGAAGGCUGCCACUCAUUUGUCAUUGUGGACUGGGACAAAGCCACCCCAGGAGACGUGGUAACAGGCUACUUGGUUUACAGUGCAUCCUACGAAGACUUCAUCAGAAACAAGUGGUCCACUCAAGCUUCAUCAGUGACUCAUUUGCCCAUUGAGAACCUGAAGCCAAACACGAGGUAUUAUUUCAAAGUUCAAGCCAAAAAUCCUCAUGGUUACGGACCUGUGAGCCCUUCAGUCUCAUUUGUUACAGAAUCAGACAAUCCUCUGCUUGUUGUGAGGCCACCUGGUGGUGAGCCCAUCUGGAUCCCAUUUGCUUUCAAACAUGACCCUGGCUACACAGACUGCCACGGAAGGCAAUAUGUGAAGCGGACGUGGUAUCGGAAGUUUGUGGGAGUUGUUCUUUGUAAUUCACUGAGAUAUAAGAUCUACCUCAGUGACAACCUGAAGGAUACCUUUUACAGCAUUGGAGAUAGCUGGGGGCGAGGCGAAGACCAUUGCCAAUUUGUGGAUUCUCACCUAGAUGGAAGAACAGGGCCUCAGUCCUAUGUGGAAGCCCUCCCUACCAUUCAAGGCUACUAUCGCCAGUAUCGCCAGGAGCCCGUCAGCUUUGGCCACAUUGGUUUUGGAACCCCUUACUACUACGUGGGCUGGUACGAGUGUGGGGUCUCCAUUCCAGGAAAGUGGUAACCCAGGGCCGUUGUGCUGCAUGCUGGCCCUGCCUGGUCCCGUCGCUGACUCCCACAGGGUUGUGAGCAGGAGGCAGAUGGUGUCCCCAGCCCUGCUCUUGCUGCUUGCGUGUCAAGAAGGCCACGGGAUGGACACUGCACAUUCUGGUCACCUUCGGUCUGGAACUCAGUACCACGUCUUGGCCUAGACUACAAACAGGACUCAGUUUUGCUGUUAACUUCACGUCUCCACAUUUCUUGUUUGUAGUAAGCACGUCUCGGAGAUAUCAGAGAGCAGCAGCUGACUCAGUGUGACAUCCAGACUUUUUAGCCACAAAGUUCGGCACUUUGGUAUUUCCAGAAACAGCAUAAGCACACAGUGCUGGCUUUGUGGAAUGCUACACGCUUUCUGUUUUUCUCAUUUUGGAUUCCUUCAGGUCUCUUUGUAUGCAGUAGAACAGAAUUACUAAGAACAGCACCAAAGAAAAUAUAUCCUAUUUGAAGUUUACUCUAUGGACUUACUUCUUGACUAAAUGUACCAAAUCUUAUUUGUAAAUUCUCAAUUUUGAUAUAUAUAUAUGUAUAUAUGCAUAUACAUA